GUGCCCGCCGCGAUACCUCCGAAGCAGACCGAGACGAGAAGGCUGCCCGCUGAUAAACAUGUUACGUUCGCGCGACGACCGCAGCGAGAGGAGAUCGUCGUCGUAUGUCGCGCGCCAACCGAAAUCCCGAGCCGCCGUCGUUGCGACCAAAUAAGUACGCGGCACCGAACAUGGCAUCGUCCACGAGGAGAUCCUGGAAACUCCAGGAGUUUGUCGCCCAUACGCCAAAUGUCAAUUGCUUAGCGUUGGGCCAUAAAUCUGGUCGAGUAUUGGUCACAGGUGGCGAUGACAAAAAAGUCAAUCUAUGGGCUGUUGGAAAGCAGAGUUGUAUCAUAAGUUUGAGUAAUCACACUACCCCCAUAGAGUGUGUGCGCUUCAAUCAAACGGAAGAUCUGGUAUGUGCCGGCUCGCAAACAGGAGCGCUGAAGAUCUGGGAUUUGGAGCAAGCCAAAUUGGUGCGCACAUUGACCGGACACAAGUCCGGAAUACGUUGCAUGGACUUUCAUCCGUACGGAGAACUGUUGGCUUCUGGGAGUUCGGAUACAGCCAUUAAAUUAUGGGACAUUCGCAGGAAAGGCUGCAUCUUUACGUACAAGGGACACAACAAAACCGUGAACAGCUUGAAGUUCAGUCCUGAUGGACAGUGGAUCGCGAGUGCGGGGGAGGAAGGAAUGGUCAAGCUGUGGGACCUAAAGGCCGGUAGACAACUAAGGGAAUUUUCAGAACACAGAGGUCCGGCCACAACCGUCGAGUUCCAUCCUCACGAAUUUUUGUUAGCAAGCGGCAGUGCCGACCGAACGGUUCACUUUUGGGACUUGGAGUCAUUUCAGCUUGUAUCUUCCACAGAGCCAUCAAAUUCAGCCAUUCGGUGCCUCUAUUUCAGUCAAGGUGGAGAAUGUCUGUUCGCCGGCAGUCAGGACGUCUUGAAGGUUUAUGGCUGGGAACCGGGCAGGACCCUGGACACAAUACCGACUGGCUGGGGAAGAGUUCAGGACAUAGCUGUAGCUCAAAAUCAAUUGAUUGGUGCGAGUUUUCACACCGCGAAUGUCAUCUUGUACGGGUGCGACUUGAAGAAGGUCGCACCGCUCGGAGGAAUAACCAGCGUGAGUUCGCCGUUCAGUCACGGUAAUUCUCUGAGGAAAAGUUUUUCCAGGGAACGACCGGUCGGACUAAAAAAACACACAAUGGAUGUGCGAACAAUAGAAGAAGCAGAGAAGUCCGGUACAGAUCCGGAAGACGAGGCCACCUACGCGGACAUACCUAAUGUGACCGAGUAUAGAAAUAUCUUUCAGCCGACCAGGGCGUUGUCUCGCACACCACCUCCCGAAUCCUCCGAGGCUUUCCAGGAGCCUCACGAAAUAGAUCCAGCGCAGCCGCAGAUACUGCAAAAUCUCUCUACCUCAAUGUCAAACCUGAGCACAAUCGAGCGCGAGAAGUCGCCUGUGCCGUCGUCCUCCUCACCGCCUCCGCCGUCGUUAUCUCUCACGAAGCCGAUGCCAGUGCGCGUUCAACCGAUCAAGUCGUCGCCACCGGUUCAGAGAAACGCGAUCACGACGACAAGUCAGAUCAGAGCGAAUCUACAGGCGAACAAUAAUCUGAAUCAGCGCGCGUCCAAAAACUUCGCGUCUAUACCGCCGUUGCGACAGAACAUCACUCCUCUUCCGGGAAAGAGAGUGAGCUCGAACGAUCAAUUGCUGACGCCUCCUCAACUACCGGGACCGCAGAGAUCGAAUUCGACUUUGACGCCGCGCGUCGCCCCAAUGGCCGCGGUCAUACCCGUGAUGGACGACGGCAAGAUCAAGAACAGAGUACCUAGCCCGGAUUCUCCGAAACACUAUUUGAAGAGGCAGAGUAGCAGAGACGGGGAGCAGGGAUAUGAAAGCGAUUAUCCUGUACAAAUUAAUAGUAUAAGACACAGUCCUUCGGAUCCCGCGUUAAACAGGCCGAACACCGCGCAGUCGAGAUCGACAUCGCUCAAUCGAAACUUCGCCACCUCGACGAUGCUGUCGGCGCGCAACGUUUCCACGUCCACGAGGAAAUUGCCAAACAAAGCGCAGAUACCACCGAAUCCGAAGAUAGACAUACGCGUCUCACAGAUACGAGGUAACGUCGACGACGCGGAGAGGGACGAGCUGGUGCCAAUGAGCGCUGACAAACCUUACGGCUUGGACGUAGACAAUUUCUUACCGCACAGUUACACCGGUUCCACGUCCUUGGGCUACUCCCAGAUGGGCGUGUUAACGGAGAUGUCCGAGGCCGAGGUGUUGAACAGCAUGAUGCGAAGCCACGAGUCCAUGAUGGCGAUAUUCAAGAGUCGGCAUCGUUCGUUGCAGAUCGUAUAUUCCCUCUGGCACAACAAAGAUCUCAAGGCCGCGGUCGAGUCUGCGGUCGCGAUGAACGAUCUGGCGGUCAUUGUGGAUCUCCUCGGUAUCCUCACGUUAAAACCAACGAUGUGGAACUUGGACCUGUGCAAUUCCUUGCUCGGUCCCAUUAGCGAUCUCCUUCAAAGUAAAUACGAAAUGUACAUAACGGUAGCUUGUACGGCGCUGAGACUUAUUCUUCGUAACUUCUCUCCGGUGAUCAAGUCCAACGUAGAAGCGCCUCUUCACACAAUCGGCGUUGAUGUGUCGCGAGAGGAACGAUAUCACAAGUGUCUCUCCUGUUUUGAGAAGCUCAUGGCAAUACGAGCGGUGCUGCUGAAGAAGCAAUCGACGUCCGGCAAGCUCGGCGCCACGUUCCGCGAGUUGGCGGUGCUCAUCAGGAGCCUCGAGUGACCGCGGUCGCGUCGUCUCGAGAUCCUCGUGAAUUCGAUCGCCAAUAUCGUCGUUACGUAGUCAAUGACCGAUUUUUUUUUCGACAACAAAGUCUGUCGGAAAUCAGGAUAAGGAGUGCCGCGUUAUCGCGACCGUUUAACGGCGGCGCAAAAUGAAUCCUGUGGAGAAACAGCGAUCAGAUUAACUCACGGUUCAGGCCACCGCCUCAUAUCGAGGACACUUCCGUGAAAUCGCGAAUUCUGUCCGCUGUCUUCUUCUACACCGCCAUCGGUCGUUCCGCUUGCCGAUCACCUCCUCGUCGUUGCGUCCGCCGUAGUCGUGCCAGUCCUCGAGAAAAAAUAAACAAGACGUUUGUUUGGAAGGAAAUGCGAACGAAUUGCCUCGAUAUCGUUGAAGCGAAGAAAGAGAGAAACGGAAGAAAAAAAAGAGUUGAUGAAAAAGAUGAGAAAAAAAAAAAGAAAUUAGAAUGAAGUUUGAAGAGCAGUUAUGCUGAUAUCAAGUACAUUUAAAAUGGCGCAUUCGGUUUUUUUAGGGAUUUCUUUCCUCCUGUGAUCUUUGUUCGGAGUUCAAAUCAAAUUGUUCUUUAGAAACCUUAAUUCAAUAAAUUCUUAAUGUAUUAUUGUAGUAUUUUUAAAGCAAUAAAUAAAAAUUAUAUUGAGGUUUGUAAAGAACAACUCUUUAAUUGAAUAACAAGAAUGUGAGAAAAUUAAAAAGGGAAUUUUUUUUUUGCUUUAGCGAAGAUAUUUUUAUCUAUAUUUAUAUAUAAACAAAAAUAGCAAUAGUAUGUAUCAUAAUUCCGAUUUUUUGUUUUCGAUCGUUUUAUUCAUGCAAAUCGGCUGUGGGCAAUGUUUGGUAACAAGUGUCAGUUUGCUCGACGAAAUGUUUGAUUAGCACAAAGAUGUAGUUUCGCUACAACAAUUUUUUGCGCGGACAACGUGGUCCGACGUGGUUUUGCGCCCUUCUUGCCACAAAGAUACAAACAUGUACGUGAUCAUCGAAACGAUCCACGGCAGGAUCGGCCUCGAUUGUGGGAGGCGAUAUAUACGGCGAUUGUAACUCGAUAAUAAGCGAAAUAACGACUCUAAAAAAUAAGAUAUUUAGGUAACGUGUAACAUCUUUCCUAAUGUACGAGAGAAAUUGUAUUUUUGCAAGAGGUAUUUGCGUCCGUUCGCUAAUAAAAUAACUCUAACUUGUAGGCGUAGAUACCUUGAUUCCUGGAGAUAAAUCGUAUAAGAGAUGUAAUCUGAAAAAAAAAAAAAACAAAACAAAAAAAAUAACAAAGAAGAGCCUAUAACGAAAAGAAUCGGACUCGACAGAGAGAGAGAAUGCAUGUGUCGAAACGAACGAUUCACUUUCUACGCGCAUUUAAAUUUAUUUUUUUACGUGAGUAUUCGUGGGAAAUUUGUGAAUAUUUUUAUCGGACGGUUAACACACACGGUAACGCGAUUAUUUAAUAAAAAUGUCUAACAAAGAUAAAUGUCGACGCGAAGCGUCACUGCUGCGUGUAUUAACAGAAGUGCGCUUUUUAAAAAUAUAUCUUUAAAAAACCUUUUUAUACUCCAAAUAUUAUCGUUAAAUAAACGUUUUUAAUCAGUGUCGAGAGGAACGGUAGAAGAACGAAACAAACACAUAUAUCCCGGAGACAAUACAUUGUUCUUGUGAAAGUUUAUUUUUUCUCUGCCAUGUUAUUUAUUAUUAUAAGUUUUUGUUAUAUUUCGUUAUGAUGAGCUGAAAGGCGAUGUGAUUGUGACUAGACAAGAGCAGUAUUAAUUUGAGCACUGUAUUAAAACAAUUUUUUAUCAAGUAGGUUUUGUGUGUAAUACAAAUCAGAUUGUUCGAAAAACAGUAUUGAUAAAAGUAUUACGACAAUCAUUAAGAUAUUAUUAUUACAGAACGUUUUUUAUUCUUGCCUAAUUAACGUUUACUGCAUCUCUUGAUUUAAACAGUUUUUAUUAAAGGGAUAAAAGAUAAACUAGAUUAAUUAAUUUACACUCGCGACAAACACAGUCUUUUAUCUCAUCACGACGAUGUCUUAUUCGUCUCUGUGUAUUAUAAAUCGUAAUUUAUAUUCCAUUAUAUUUAAAAUUGUGUUUCGAUUUUAAUAUGAUAAUUUAAAGGUAUAAUAUAUUUGUACUCUCUGCGACAUGUUGAUGAACAGCGAAAAGUACUGAUUGCGCGUUUUUACAAACUUAUUCGACAUUUUAUAAAUUUUUCCACGUGUAAUACAAUUUAAAAAAAUAUUAUCUUAUAUGACAUUAUUUUUUCAGUGAAAUAGCAUAAAAUUUAAAGUCACGUAUUGUGUGUAUCAGACUAUUACAAAGUAGCAGACAUUGAUGGAAAAAAGAUAAAUACGAUUGUUUUAUUUGUUCUCGUCGUCGUGAUAACGUUUUUUUUAUUAGUGAUUUUAUAUUUGCAUGUAUUAUAUUUAAAUUUAUAAAUUUUCACUGUCUCCCUUUUCCGCAAAAUCGCGCGAUUCAUUCAGCUCUCCCUUCCAAUGUGUAAUAAGAAAAAAUGAUCCUUUCGUAGAAAAUUUAUUUAUCGUUUACGCAUAUAGAAGAAGUGCAAUAUUUGAUUGUGCGCGAUCGUCGAUCGCGAAACAUAUUUUCUCCGAGAGAGAAAAAUGUGCGCUAAAGAAGAAAGCGAAGCGACGUGUGUCUCUGUGAGAACGUGAGUUUUUUUUCUAACACGUCGCAUCUUUCUCUCAAAGUAUUAUUGCGCAAUAAAAUGUACAAUGUUUUUGUUAA